CGAUAUCUCGUAUUGAAUGUGUUGUUUGUUGCAAUCUUCCAUUCAGUGAAACUUUGUAUCGUCUAAUUCCGUUAAUAUAUGUUAAUGAAAUAAUUUCUAAAUAUUUCAAAUUUUAUAAUUUAUAAAAGCUCCAAAAAUAACUCAAAAAGAAAUGUCUCAGAGAAAAAUAAUUAAUAAAAUACCAGGCGAUUUACCACCUCCUUCCAGAAAAGAAAGUCAAGGAUACAUAGAAAAUUUAGGAAGCAAACAAAAAUUUGAACUAGAGGAAUUACUAGAAAGACAAAAUAAAAUCCUGAGUAAUAAAAUAUUUAUAUUAAAGUUGCCAGACAAAGGAGAAAAAAUCAAAUCUUUUCAUGAUAAAAUAUUGAAAGAACUAGAACAUAAAAAUGAAGUUGAAAAGGCAGCCAAUCUUUUGUCAAGAUUAAAUUUAGCAUCUGAGGGUAAAGCUGCUAUGAAUGAAUUAGAAUGGACAGGCAAAUAUACCGAAACCAGAGAUACUGUCAAAGUUGUUGAACUUGAUAGUGAUGAUGAAGAAGAUCCUUUAAAAAUAUUGGCUCAACCUACAGGAUGUGGUGUUCAUAGAAAGAAAAUUGUACAUUUACCACCAGAGGAAAAUUUAAUUAAGCCAGAAGAUUUAGCAGAAAUAGAAUCUUUUAAAAUAAAAGCUUCUGACCACAUUGCAUACAUUAUUAAUAAAGUAGAAAACUCUCCAGAAAAUAAGAAAGAACCAUUCAAGCCAUAUAAAACAACUAAGACUAAUGUACAUGAUCCAGAAAAAGAAAAACAAAGAAAACAAAAUAAAAAUUGGGAAGUUACAGCAGCAACACCACCUCUUAUAGUUUAUGGUGCUGCAAAAGUUAUUAAUCUAAACGAAUCUCUACAGUUACAAAAAGAACAAGCUGAUAAAUUUCAUAUGAUACAAGUUAAACACGCAGCUGAAAGAUUAGUUGAACAACUUGGUUCACAUAAUAUUGGUCCUCCACCUGCAAAUGUAGGUACUUAUCGUCUUCAAGAUGAAAAAGAAUCUGAUUUCUCUACCUCGGAUGAAGAAGAAAAUGAAGUACAUGAUGAUGAAGAUAACGACAAAGCAGGAACUGUUGUUUUUAAAGUAGAUAGUAUAGAAAGUAAAUUUAUCUUGUAUUAAUUUACGUAUAUAAAUAUUUUAUAUAUGAAUAAAUUGAUGAAUCUUAA